CUCUUUAUAAACGCCCAUAAGGUCUCUGUCAUGCAUCACAAGCCGUGGCAAGGUUUGCAUCACUGGAAAUAUGGAACUGAACAAACCGAUUGCAUCCGUCAUCAGUGCAUUGAUGUUUCUUGCAUCGAUCUUAGGAAACAACUGGCUUGCAGUGGCUUCGCUGCCCAAGGACAGAUCUGCCAUUCGGACCAAUGAAGUUCUUUUCAUCAACUUGGCCGUCUCAAACCUGAUCACCAACUACGUGGUGAACCUGCCUGAGACCAUGGCAGACAUUGCUGACAACUGGUUUCUGGGGGAAACCUUCUGUUGUGUGUUCCUCUUUUCCAUCGACUUCUCGGAAACCAGCAGCCUCUUCUCGACCUUCCUAAUCAGCGCCUUUUGGCACCAGAAGCUGGUGGGCUCGCUGAAACGAGGCGGCGCACCGGUGCAGCUGGACAACCUGUGUCUUGUGGGUUUUCUGCUGGCUGGGAGCUGGACAGUCUGUGCAGUCUUCAGCAUACAUCACUUCUUCUUGGCCUCUGUGGAGGGGAUUAAUGGCAGCCACAGAUACUGUGUGGAUGCCUUUCCAAGUGCCCUUGCCGAGCAGACCUUUGACAUCAUCUUUCUAACUGUGGCUAAUGUCUUUCCUCUUGUCGGAAUCAUAGUUGCCAGCUUUCAGAUUGUUGUUACUUUGCUCCAAAGCCAGAAGCGUAUAGGGGGCCACACAUCUGUAUCUCCAAAAGAAAUGAUCAGAGAAGAUAAAAGCUCUCAGAGUAAAAAGCAAGUUAUGGGUCCAUUGAAAGGUCUUAAAGUAGUCAGAACCUAUAAAAGUGAGCCUGUUACUUCCUCUGUGACACUCCCACAAACAUCUUCCCAAAACAAAACAACUGGUUCAAACUGCAGCCUUGGAGCUCCCGCCAAUCACUCAAAGCCAUCAAAAGCCAAUCCCAACUCCAGCACCCAAGUCCGGGCGGCAAAGAGCGUGGUGGCUGUUGGCAGUGUGGUGCUGGUCUGCUGGCUCACCCAUCUGCUUCUGCACAUCACCAACACCGUCCACUCCUCACAGUCCACACUGGAGGUGGCCGGCUACAUUACAGCCUCCUACAGCUGCAUCAUUCCAUACAUUUUACUUCAUGGAGUUAAAAAACUAACUUGCUCACACAAAAGAUAAAGCUCAAAAAAACGAAUGAAAAUCUAUAGGGGUUGAUAGGAUUGACAGCAGUUCUGACCUAAAAUAUUUACUGAAAAUGUUUCUGUAAUAUUUUCAUGUUUUUAUGUUGACAAUAGAGUGUUAACAAUAAACCUUUAAAUUAAAAUCUCUCAUUUGUUAUUUUAAAUUCAAUAAGUUUAAUCCAAGCA